AUGGCGCAACAAGAUCAGAAGAGUGGGGAAGAACACAUAGUUUACUACUUAAGCAAGAAACUAUUGGAGUAUGAAACUCAUUAUACUCCAUUGGAAAAGACGUGCACCACUUUGAAAUCCAUAAAAGGGCGAGCAAUCUUAGACUAUCUAGCUGCACACCCAUCCGGGGUGGAUUCACAGCCGUUAGAAGACUCAUUCCCAAAUGAGGGUUUCGCAUAUGUGGAGGAAGAAGACUAUGAAGACUGGUGGCAAUUGUACUUUGAUGAUGCAACCAAUCAAAGAGGAUAUGAGGCAGGAAUAUUGUUGAUAACCCCAGAUGAUCUCUAUCUACCAUCUGCAUUCCGGCUAGAGUUCCCUUGCACCAACAACAUUGCAGAGUAUGAAGCAUGUGCAAUCGAUCUCCAAGCCACCAUGGCAUUAAAGAUCAAGAGGCUAAGAGUCUAUGGGGAUUCAUCAAUCGUGAUUUGUCAAAGUCAAGGAAAGUGGAAGAUAAAGGAUGAAAAGCUGAAGCCUUACCAAGAACAUUUGGAGAAAUUGUUCAAGAGCUUCGAUGAAAUCACCUUCGAAUAUUUACCGAGGGAUAAUAACAGAUUUGCCAACGCCCUAGCUACUUUGGCUUCAAUGGUUUAA